GGAUCUGGAAUUAUGCUUUUAUCGAAUCUCAUUUUCGGACUUCUCUUCUGUGUUUCCUCUGCCAAUUUUCCAAACAAGGAUGAUGCUGAUAUUGGAAUGUCUGUUGGUGAUUCUGCUGCCACAAAGUUGGUUCGUAGUGCUUUGGAAUAUCAGCUUCGUUCACCACAUUUAAUUAAACUUAAAUUGCGAAGUGCCGAAGAUGUUUGGUUUCAUGAUGUUGCUAAACUUAACUCUAAGAACAGCGUUUCAAUAGGUAGAAGAUAUAAAACAUUUUUUAAAAAUAUUUUUAGGCUCCUUAAAUGUGCGUUUUCCAAAUGAUAAAAUUAUUGAAGCGGAAGCUCGGCAUUUAAGUCUAAACUCUUCAACUCUUGUAAAUGAUGCUUCUUUACCUUUAUUUUUUCUUGAUCGCAAAAAUGUAGUGGUGGGUGUUGAGGUAUUUUUUGA